GACAUGUUAUGAGAAACACGCGAAGUGGGCAGCAUGCUUGCCUGAUUGUACGGCGGGCGUGCAAUUGUGGGUUGAUUGGUUUUGGCGCUGGACCCCAUGGACCUGCAUGCUCAUUGUGGAUGCGGUCGGACGUGAUGAACUGGGCACAGAGUUAGAAACCAGCGAUGCUGACCCGUUGCUAGCUUCAGCAACGCCGCACCGCUACAAGAAUUUAGCGAACAAGUUCACCACAAGUGGUUCCACCAUAUACGAUGACGCUGAGAACAUGCGGCUCGUGUUUGUCAGUUCUGCCGAUAAGUGCAAGACGAUGUGCGAUGCCGACAGAAGGUGUGAUUGCUUCCUGUAUACAUCCGUGACGCAGCACUGCGAAAAACGUAGGGCGUGCGCCCCGGACGCGCAAAGCCUGAAGGAUAACGUGGGCACCAACCUUUACGUGAAAUUGCCCAACGAAGAGAUUCAGGAGGAGGACGACGAUGACGUGUGGAAGCGGUAUCGGCACAAGAACCUCUUCUUCUCGACUGGCCUACGGCUAGAUGAUGAGGAUGCAGGCGCAACCACCUUGAAGUCGUGCAAACGACGCUGUGAACUGAGCAAGUCCUGUCAGUGCUUCGUGUACUCGGAGGCCUUGGACCGGUGUGAACGCUACACUGACUGCGUCGUGUCGACACUGAUUGAAGACGCUUUGUAUGACGUGUACGUCACAGAAGAGCCCAAGCCCAAGGAGCCGGUGGACUUCGCAUGGUGGACCAUUUUGCAGCUGAUCCUUCUGGUGCUGUUGUUGCUCCUGUGCUGCUUUCUGUGCAUAUAUUUCCUACGAAAGAAGGAGCCCCGAGAUGCUGUGGCUGUGCCGUUCGUGCCGACAAAAACCAGGUUGGAGAUGUUUGCAGAUGCUGCUCUCCUGGAGAGGUGGCCAGGCAGCUGUGCUGACUGUGGUUGUGCUUGUGGUCGUCCUCCGGCCUGGGUGCCGCGGAGCGGUGCUGUGGUCGCCACAGAGGCCAGCACUGGCAAUGUGCAGACUAGGCCGGAUGGUGGUGGUAACCUGGUGCCCGGAGAUGUGUUGCUGACCAUCCGUAGUGGAGGCAAGGUUGCGGCCAUCCACUGCACGGAUGAUGUCAAGGAGGUUUUGAGCAGGUGUCAGGCCGGACAGACGAUUGACAUGGAGGUGCUGCGAGCACGGGCCUUCGGGGAAUAUAGUUGCUCGCGGCCUUCUGCCGAUGAGGCCCCGUCCACACAGGCGACGAUGGACAAACCUGACGAGGUGGAAAAGGCAGCGCUCCCAACGCACAAGAAGGUCCACGUCCAAAGACUUGUUGAAUGA